CGCCCAGAAGCAGCUCAGUCGCCGAGCGAACGAUGGCCGAGUGAGCGCGCCUAACGCGGCCCCCAAAAACGUUCGUAGAAACGUAUAUACCAGCGCGCGCGUCUGUCCGUCUGUUCCGUCCGUCCGUCCGGCUGGCCGGCUGCCUUGUCGCGCCCUCCCCCUGCCGUCGCGCGAGAGUGUGUGAACCGCCUCCGCCCAUGGUGUUGUACCGCCGUCGUCGCCGCCGCCGCCGCCGUCGUCACACUCAGGUCGCAUUCGUUAAUUGAUUUUUUCUUUUCCCUUAUUCGCUUUCGGCGCGCACACCGCCGACAAAAAAAAAAAAGAAAACCUUCGAACCUCCCCCCCCGGGCCACGUGAUACGCGGUUAACGUACACCGUCACUAAAGCAGUCGUAUAUAUAACACGCGCGUCACCGACCGUCACCGUUUGCCGGAGAACGCGCGCCCGAGAUGACCAUCACCGCCGCCGGAUGAACGGUAUCGCGGGCGGCGGACGCGCUCAAUCGUAACGCCAAACGUUAGGCGCUGCAGCCACUGACCGGCGAGCGCGACAUCGUUGUAUACAGUCGAUCUCAGCGAGACACAGCCCUGGAUUCCAAUUUGCAUGGCUUAAGUUUUAAGUGGCCUCGGAAAAUGUUGAGGAAUUGUUUUUUCGAUCAAAUGAACGGGUAACGAGUGUCCAAAACAAUGAGGGGGCGGGGCCAGAGACCGAUGGAGCCAGGGUAAGUGACGUAUUUACGCGACCCAGCCCCCCCGCCCCCAACAACAUGGAUAAAUCGGAUCGCAGACGCAGGCCUUUUGCCUUUGACAAGAUGGAGGGGCUGGUCAGAGAAAUGAAAGACGAAGAGACUGGGGUGCGUGUAAAAAGUCAAAAGUUAUUUCUCACUUCGAUCCCUUCUGCUUUUGCCGGUUAUAACAUAAUUGAAUGGCUAAUGGACCGUUUAACUGUCGACGAAACUGAAGCGGUCCAUAUAGCCAACAUGUUAUGUCAAUACGGAUACUUCUUUCCCGUAAACGACUCAAAAACUCUUACUCUAAAAGAUGACAGUUCUCUGUACAGAUUCCAAAUUCCCUAUUAUUGGCCAUGUUCACAAAAGAAUCCCGAUAACGUAGAAUAUGCGAUAUACCUAUCAAAGAGACUGCUGAGAAACAAACAACGACAUGCAUUGGAAGACUAUGAAAUGGACUCAUUGAACAGUCUGAAAAAAAAUCUACAAAACAAAUGGGAAUUUAUCACGAUGCAGGCUGAAGAACAAGUGCGGUUGAGUAAAGAUAGGAAAAAAGGGGAAAAAAUAGUGACUGAUAGUCAAGAAAGGGCAUUUUGGAGGGUACAUCGACCUCCUCCAGGAUGUGUCAGCGUCAUGGAACAAAUACCGAUAAAGAUUGGUGGCAGUUUUUCAACCAAAAAGAAAAGAAGUUCUGAAGAUCUCCGGAGAGAAGUCGAAUUGCUAAGAAAUUGUAUAGGGAGAACAAGAGUUAAAACGUCAGUAGCUUUGGACGGUCUAGUUUCAUUCGGCGAGACGUAUCAUGAAUACGAUCCAUUACUCACAGGUGCUCAACCAUCGAACCCUUGGGUGUCGGACGACCCAACAUUUUGGACGUUCAAUUGUCCAAUGGUGGAAGCCAUAACCGAAAAGCGCAUAAAACGUUGGGCUCUAUCAAUGGAAGAUUUAGUGUCUGAUGCAACAGGUCUCUAUGAGUUUACAAAUUAUCUCCGGAAAGAAUACAGCCACGAAAACAUCAGGUUUUGGUUAGCGGUCAACGAUUUGAAACGGAGUUGUCAGUCACAAAUCCUGCAGAGAGUCAAAGAAAUAUAUGAUGAAUUUCUAGCGCCCGGUGCUCCAUGUGAAAUCAAUAUAGACGGCAAGACGAUGGAAAGAACGCAUAAAGAAAUGAAAAACCCGUCGAGAUUUACGUUUGACGGUGCUGCGGAACACGUGUAUACGUUACUCUUGAAAAAAGACUGUUAUCCUAGAUUCAUAAGGUCGGAGCAUUACAAAAACCUGCUCGCUAAUGGAGUCCAGCCUUCGGCCAGACGAAGAUUUUUCGGGCUGGUCGGUGGCGCCGCCAACAAAAAGGCAGAUUGCAAAGAACGCAUAAGGAGCACUGCAGGAUGUUCGAGCACACAGGGUACGUCAUCGUCGUCGGUUUUACAAGCGAAUCAAUCGUCGUCGUGUAGCAGCGCAAAGCGAAGGGGCAGCGACAGGAGCCUGACUAGCUCACCACACGAGCUUCCAAUAAAUUCUGUUAAAGUCUCGCAAUCCCAUAGUCAAUCUAAUCUCAGUGACAUACCCUAUAGGGGAGAUUUACCUUGCACACCUUCCUCUCCAAGUUCCAACCAAGAUAACCUUAGCGGAGGUGCGGACGAAUGCGGCGAGCCGCAGCUACCCACGAUGAUGGCGGACGACGUGUGCCCGUGGGACAUGGCCGACGGUGGCGACAAGAACAAGCGGUCACUGCCGACGUCCAUAGCCGAAGAACGCGAGCGCCGUAUGUCCACGUCGUCGUCGCGCAAAAACUCGGGCGGCGCCGCGUACGACUCGGCGGCGAGCGCGGACGAGAGCCAAUCCGAUUCGGUGGCCAGCCGUCUGCGGCGGAGUUGCGGUCUGGGCGGCGGCGGCGGCGGCAGCGUGGACAGGCGCCGCGGGUCGUCGGCCGCGUGCACGCCGCAACAGACCGUCGACCGGCCGUCGGUGUCGUCGGCCGAGGACUUUGACCUCGGACCGUCGCCCGAGAGCAGGUCGCCCGAAAAGCAGAUGCCGACGUCGCCGCACGAACCGGCCGGCACCGCGUCGUCGCUGGACGACAAGUCGAACCGGAAGAAGCUGCUGAAAUCGCUGUCGUUGGCGAGGAAACAGAGCGUGACGCCCGUCAUUAACGUCAGCUCGGUGGACAGGGACAACGGGUGCGGCGACCGGACCGCCGCGGACGUCGCCGACGAUACGGCGGACACCGCGACCACGGUAGCCGAGUGCGUCGCCCCCGCCGCGGGUGCAGGACCGGGUUCCGGAGGCGGUCACACGCCGGAAUCCGCGGCCUGCAGCAGCGGAGCGGAGGUGGCCACGACGACUGCGACUGCAGCCGCGUCCAUCAGCGACGGUAACGACGUGUGUCCGUGGGAAGACGAGCACAACCAAGAUAAAGGCGGCCGAUUUUUAAAGGUAUACGAGACCUACGGUUUUCUGUGAAUACGUUCUCCGCCAACGCACAUUCCAAAUUCUAUUAUACGUUGUGUAAAUAUACGCAGACAUUAUACUACUUUUCGUAUAUUAUAUACAUAUAUAGUAUAAAUAUAUAUAUAUAUAUAAUAUUAUAUAAUAAUAGCGUUCUACCUUAAUAUAUAAAUUCUUAUAUUUAUUCAUCGCCAAACGAAUGUUAUUUUUUUUAUAUUUAUUUAUGCGUGAUAAAAUAUGUAAAACUCAAUAAAGAUAAAACCCGGUCGAAUUUUUCAGACUCGGUCUGUACGUUCAAUAUUUGUUUAGUUCAUAAUACACACAUAUAUAUAUAUAUAUAUUUAUUAUAUUCCAAUGAUAACUGUAAUUUUUAAAAUGUAAUAAUUAUAAAUUAUAAUAUUAAUACAUAUUAUGCGAUCAUAAAAGUAUUAAUAAUGCAAUAAGCAUUUCGUUAAAAUGCUAUGCAAACUAUGCCAUGAGUAAAAAAUGUACCUAUAUAACAUAUAUACAACCGAUAGUAAUUUAUUUGGUUUUUAUAUAAUAUAACAAAAUAUGUACCUAUAUAUAUGUAUAAGUAAAAGCUAUAACGUAUUAUAAUUAAGCCAAUAAUAAUUAGUUACGAAUUGUAUAUCGUAUUGUAUAUUAUCUAACAAUUUUUUUUUUUUUUUUAGUAUACUUUUUUCGAAUAAACAAUUUUAUUGAUUUACUAAAUAAUAAACGAUUACGUGUACAGCAAUAUCACAAUUUAUUCUAAUCAAUUUAAUUCGAUUUUAUAAUACAGUAGAUUCUUAUUACGUCAAAUGUUAAUAACUCAAACUUUUCGCGUUAUCUUGAAUUAAAUUGAAAUCCCUUUAAAAUUACCACCACACUAAAAUACCACUAUAAUUAACAAAACUCUAUAUAUUGAAAUUUGUUCUGUUCCCCUUGACAUUCGACAUAAUGAGAAUUUACUGUAUUAGUGUAUUCAAUUAACGUAAUAUAUUAAUGUAAUCAAUUUUCAAUACGUUAUUUUCAAAAAAUUUUGUCUGGUACUUGUUUGUAAAAAAUUCAUUUUUUUUUUUUAUUCAUGAAUGACUAAAACUGAAUGAUUUAGAAACGAAAGUGAAAAACGUUAAUACAUAACCAAAAAAUUUUUAAAAAAAACAAUGAUAUUUACAUAAUCCACCUGAUUGUCAGCACAAGUAAUGAAAAAGUAGCAAAUUAUGUUUAGUACCUAAUACGAUUAUAACCUUCAUAAACAGUAUAAACUAUGUUCAAUAUAAAACCAUGUAAUGUGAUGGACAGAUAUAGCGGCCAAUUAUAAGUUUUCGAUUCUUAACCCUGGUUUAGCUACAAUAACACCAAAAACUGGGCACAGUUGAGGUUGAGUAAAUUGAGCCCAUACUCAUUUCAACUCUACUUAGUUUUAUAUAUUCAGUUAUUUGACAAACUCAAACACAAAAACGGUUUAAAUUUGAUAUUAUAACAAUGCUUUUAAUAUUGUAUUAUUAUAUUAUAAUCUUCGUGUUAAUGUUUUGUCACGUUUUACGAUAAAAAAAUUAUGGGGAAUUAAAUUAUUAUAGAUAUACUAGAUUAUAUUUUACACUAAUCGCAAAACUCACCCAAUAUUAUAUUAUAAUACUCUCUUACACUACGUUUUGGCUUAUAUUAUCCAAAGUGAUUUAUUAAAUAUUUAUUAUAUUCUAUCUAAUAUUGAUAUAUAUAUAUAAAUAUAUAUACAUAUUAUACUUAAUAUUUAGGUUUUUAGAUUUAUAUUAUUAAUAAGCGUAUGUUAUUUUAAUAUCAUAAUAAUCUAUAAUUUUUAAUAUAUUAAUAAUAGAUAUAUCCUAUAAAUUAAUGUGUUAAUUAUAUGAAUAUUUUGGAUCUACAUACAUUAUGUAUUUAAUUAAGUUAUAAAAAUUAACAAUAUUAAACUAUUGGUAGUAAAUUAUUAUACAGCAUUUGUGUUUGAAUUUGUCAAAAUACAAAUUAUUUCCAUAUUAAGUACCUAUAUCAGACUUAAACAUUUUUUCAUUAUAAUAUAAAAUACGAUAAUUUUUGUACGAACUUAUUUUGUUACGAAUUCAUACAAUGACACGUAUUUUAAACUCUUAAAAAAAAAAUGAAUUAUACAUUUGAGUACCAGCGUUAAAAUUUCAUGAAUUUUUGAAUAUAAUAAUCUGUAAAAAAAAUUUGACUUAUUUAUUUAAUAUUUUGUUUAUUAGUUAAACAAUUUUUAUUUAGUAAAUUUAAGUGCAAAUAUUUUAUUAAAUACUAUAAUUUAAGUUAAAAUUGUGAUAAAUUGUUUAUGGGAUUUUUAAGAUUUAUGUACUAGUGCAUAGAAAUAAAUAACGUAUUUAUACCAAAUAAAAGAUAUUAUAUUAUAAAAUACAAAUUUUUGUAAUGCGCAUACCAUUUUAAAUGGAUUUGUAGACACAAAAUUGUGGUUGUUCAAUAAAUGUAAAUUUUAAACUUAUACAAAUCGUAAUAUGCACAAACUACAUAGAUAUGUUACUUAGGUUGCAUAUCUUGAUAUAGUCGUCAAGUAUACAACGACGUUCUAUACGAAGUUUUAAAUAGCCUAUUUACUAUUUAGGAGAAAAUAUAUUUUAUUUUAGUUUACAUAUUUAUUAAUGUCUUAGAUUUAGUUACGAUAGUGAUCAAUGAUCAUAGUUUGUAGGUAUAAUAACAUAUUGUACCUAUUAACUUAUUAAAUAAAUUACAUAUUGUGAAA